UAGUACGCUCGUGUGCAUACGUUCAGUAAGUCGUCGAUCGGCGCGCGGCAGCGGCAAUGGAGAUCCACAAGGAGGGUGCGCAGCAAGGGCGGGCACUGGAGGCUGCGGAGGCGCCGGAGCAGUGGCGUGGCGCCGUGGAGGCCCCGCUGCCGGGCACGCCGGCGGGCGCCGCGUGGGCUCAUGUCGCCAGCUUCUUCUCCGCGCACCUCUACCUGCCGGGCAUCGACGUGUGCGAGCGCGUAUCGGGAGCCAGCAGCGAGGAGGACGAAGAUGGCAGGCUGGUGAUCACCCCCGGCUGCGUCCGGCACGUGGCCUCGAGCGCCGCGGGGCUGUGGGCGCGCGAGGAGCUGCUGGAGGCAGACCACGCCGCGCGGCGCCUCCGCUACGCCGUCGUCGACAGCAACAUGGGGUUCGGCCGCUACGUCGCCACGCUGCGCGUCCUGGACCUCGACGGCGGCGAAGGCGGGUGCAUGAUCUCGUGGGCGUUCGAGUGCGACGCCGUGAAGAGCGAGGGGUGGAGCGAGGCGGCGCUCGUGGCGCGCCUCGGCGCCAGCGUCGAGGGCAUGGCCGAGAGGGUGCAACAGCUGGCCGCGGUAGCUCAGUAGGCAGUAGGUGUCGUCGGUGCCUGACGGGGCCGUCUCCGAUGGUGAUUCGAUUUGGAUUGGAUGAAUGCAUGAACUAGUUUAGGUAGCUGAGGCGCUAGCUUUGACGUGUGGUGCUUACAUUCUAUUCCAUUGUUCUGUGCGCAGUGGCCGUCGCUGCCGCCGUUGAGUUCUUAAUUUCUUGGGCACCCUAAUUUCUGUACCCUUUUCUUAGAUGCUAAUUUAUUUAUCGUUGAUGUCUAA